CGGCUUUGCUUUCUGCUUUGUGAAGGAGGAGCGAGUUUGUGUCGGGUUUGUCGGCGUCUCUAAUCCUUGUAAUAUUAGUUUCAAAUUUAAGGAUUAAACCCAGUCAUGUCGUACAACACUCGUAGGAAUGCUGGAAACAAGCAGUAGCCUACUGUAACUGGGGCUCGAUCAAAACACACCGCUUGCAUCAGCAAGCUCAUAACUCAAAACUCAUAAAUUGAGCUUUAUUAUAGUGCAAAAGCACUUUUGUCAAUUUUUGUUCAAUUCAUCACGGAUUAAUAUUAGAACUCAGACAUGAAUAACUCUCCGCAAGUAAGCUAUCAUCAGGGUCAGGGUCCCAACACCCCGCAGAGAGGAGCCCCUCAACGCCCUGGGGGGCCCAAUGCCGCUUACGCAUCCCAUUUUUCCAAUCCUGUCCCCUAUAGUGGCCAACCAGGCUACAACAGUGUUCAGAACAAGGUAAUUUGUGGUCAAGAAUUGAUCGCAAACAUAUUCAAUCGGCCUACGCCUACGGCGCCCGCCACCGCCUCCCAGCAGCAGGUGCAGCAGGUGCUGCAGCCGCCUCCGCAAGUUGCCGCCUCCGCCCCUCCGCAGCAGCAGCAGCCGCAGGUGGUUAGUGCGGCGCCGCCUCCCCCGCCGCCGCCGCAGAAACCGGCGGCCGAAUCUAAAAUGGAGUUAGACGUCGAGACGAACGGAGCACAGGCGACGCCGGCCGCCGGUCCUGUCACGAAACCCACCUGGAUGAAGAAAGGAGUGAAAGUGAACAAGGUAGUGAAGAGACGACGGCAGAAUGCCCGCCUGCGAAGGCUUCUGGUGCCGAAGAAUGCGUUGAUGGCCAUCAAUGAAAUCUGUCCCGGACCCAAGUUUACUGUGCAGGAGCACACCAACGCCGUCAAUCAAGUGAUCUACUCUGUCAGGCUUGAGAUUGAUGGCAAAGUGCAUUCGGGCCAAUCAAUCAACAAGACCCACGCCAAACAGAUGGCCUGCGAGAAUGCCUUGAAGGACAUCCUCGUCACAAGGAUGCAGGCUCAGACGCUAGCACCCGCCGGUGACCUUGUCAAAGAAGAAGAAAGCGCUUCUGUGGCGGGAGACAAGGACGAGACGAUGAGCACCGACGGCUCGACGCGGGGGGGUUCCGACCCCCGCCACCUGGAGGACGACAUGCCCUGGGGAUGCCUGGCGUCGUUUGCACUGCACAAGCUGUUCUCAGAGUGGCAGAACCAGGGCGUCGAGAUUCCGUUCAACAAGCCGAUGAUGAGCUUGCGCAUGAGGCGGCCGGGUCCUCCCCCCAUGGGUGGCCCCCCCGUACCUCCCGGCCCAUCUCCCAAUCAGAGUGGUGGCGCGUUGCAGGCGAACAUUCAUCCAAUGAAGAAGAUCCCCGAUGACGCACACAAGAAACACCCGGUGCUGAUGUUGAACCAACUGAUACCCGGCCUGCAGUAUCAGGAGCGCAUGGACGGCCAUCUGCCCAAUGCCACCUUUGUCUUCUCCCUCUCAAUCGAAGGCCAGCUCUUCACUGGAUCUGGCACCACCAAGAAAGAAGCCAAGAAGGAAUGUGCCAAGGCAGCGCUGGUGAAAUUUGGCAUUCAUUCAGAAUACUAGUUCCUCCUCACAGUUCAACCAAUAUUAUUAUUCAUAAUAUCAAUGUAUUAAAAAUUGUAUUGAUUGUGUAUUCAUUAUCUAAAGGAGAGGGAUUCCGGUAUGGAUUCUUUCUAUAAUAUUUCAUGGGGAAGGUUCCCUUUUUUCUAAAUCAGAUCACAUAUUAGAUCAGAAAUAAUAUGAAACUUUAUAUUUUAGCACUAGAAAUAUGACACUUUCUAACCAACUGAUAACAGUUGUUCAUUUUUAUUUAUGCUGAUCUAUUCAUAGCAGGAAUCUAUGUCUAGAACUACAUUUUUGAUGUAUUUAUAAAGUUUCAUAAAUAUACUGACUAGAAUAGACUAUUGUGUUAUAGCUAGACAAUUUGCUGUAAUUAUUUUUAGUAUUGUUUGAUUUAGUUUACCUAUAUUAUUUUAAGUUUUGUACGAUUAGUAAAAGAAAUAAAAGAUAGUGUCCUAUCAGUUAUAUAUUGUUAUAUCAGUUAUCAUAUAUAUUGUCCAGUAUCAUGAUUUAUCAUUUCAACUUUUUUAAAGAAAUCCUAUUGAUUUCAUGGAACUCUGAAAUUAGUUAAUGAUAAUCUUUCACUAAAACUAUUGCAUUCCUUUUCAUUUAAAAUAUGUGUUGUAAUGCUAAUUAUUUGACAGAUAUGGUGCACUCAUUGACUUCCAAUUUAAUUUAAACAAAAAUGCUUUGAACUGCUAAAACUUCCUUAUAUUGAAACUUAUUCACUAUUAAUCAUUAUAAAGAUUACUAAUGAUAAGACAUGAACAAUUACAUUUUAUCAAAUUUGGGUAGUAUCUACCCAAUUAUCCAUUAAUAUUACAGCUUUAUCAAGAAUAUAAAAUGUGAAAUUUGAUGAAUGGACUUAUAAGCAAUCUAUACUUAUCAACAAGUGUACCGUACGGUCAUUUUAUCUGAAUAUAACUGUAAUGACGUAUAGCCUA